GGGAGGGACGAAGGCGGAAGGGACGUGAAAAGAAGGAUGUUCUCGAUACUGUGAACAAAAUGGAACGGUAAAUUUUGGAAAAUUCAGGUAAGCUGAUAAGCUCACCAUUAACCUAAAUCUUUUUGUAAAGUUCACCCUGUCCUAUUUUCUCUCUUCGGAACAUUAGAUAACAGCCUUCAGUGCAAGACUAACGUUUACAAUAAACGUUAGAUCCGGAAUUAUCGAAACUGACUUCAUACGAAUGCUUUAUACGAGUGGCAGUAGAUAUAGGAGAUCAUUUUUGCUUUUAGUGCUUGUAAUCCUCUAUUAAACGGCCACCUCUCUACAAUGCAUGGCCACUUUCUUUUGCUCCCUGCAGGGUGGCAGUACUAGUUGUGGAGCUCAGGUAAACACUUUGGCUCUAUUUUACACUGCAUACAGCUCCCCCUUUCUCUUUGAUUACCAACUGAAGAGUAGCAUGUGAAAACAGCCAACAUUUCGUGACGCCACCACUGGUCUCCCAGCAAAAUGAUGUCUUAGAAACAAGUGCAGAAAUUCUAUACAGGUGACAUGUCACUGUUACAAGUCAAAAUUAAUAUCUUCCGGUUAAAAUCUUUUAACCUAGGUUGAUUCUCAAUUUCCUUUCUCUCCUAGCUCUGAUUAUUUCACUUCCUAGAUCUGGGUAGUGCUUCUGAUUGGUUGCUGUAAAUUUUUGUUGUGGCGCGACCAAUCAGAAGCACCUCCCUGAUCUGGGUGGUGACAUAUCUUUUUGCAGGGAAACCAGAGGUGACGUCACAAUAUUUCAGCUGCUUUCUCAGGCUAUCUGAAGACUAGUGGUCGAGUGCUAUUUGUGUUGUGGUUCAUACUGUUGUGGUUGCUUCACACAGCUGUUUUCAGACAUAACCAUUCAAAAAAGCUCUGAACAUAGUAUUAAACUGAAAUACGAUUUUCCUUUCCAUUUCAUUGGAAAGUCAGUGGUAAAAACAGGGGGAAGGGACAACCCUGAAAGUUAAGUAAUUUAGCCUAGAAAUGGAGUAGCUGAUGGCUCAAUCUAAAAUAAUAUUGGUUAUUCUGCCAACAAGCUUCGCAAACAUCUUAAAUGUUUCAAUAAAAUGUUAGGUCAGUUGUUCAAGUCAUUUUAUGAGUUGUUUCCCUAACAUCUUUGCUAACAUUAUAUUAGUCAUUUUGCUGAGAUCUAUCAUGUAAUUCAGUUCUUGUAAUAAGAACAAAGUUUCCUCUGUGGAGAAACAAAAACUCAAGCAAAUCUAUGUAUAGAAUUCUAUGAUUACCAGAUUUAUUAUUUAAACAUUAACUUGUGUCAUCAGGGUGGAGUUUGAAUUUGAAUUUGUGUGCUCUGAGUGAUUGGAUGUGCGCUUUGAGCGAGUAGAAUGUGGUUAAAAUUAUGUUAUAAUUAUGUCUGGAAAAGCAAACAACUCAAAAGUAAACAUUUAAUUUUCAGGUUAAUUUCUUUCAUACCUUGUUUCAUUAACCCAUUUGAAAUAUAUGUAGGCUCUGUCUUGUUAAUUUAAUAUGUUGAUGUUCGUGUAUCUGUUUAACCUUGUUGUUAUGUUUCAGCCCUAUUUAUUGUAACUUUUUUUACCUUUCCUGCCCGGCUUGAUUAGCUAUUGGCUAUUUUGCGGGCAAGGAUUAAUUAUGGCAUAUAUCCGAAGUGUUUUUAAUAAACUUGAACUUGAACUUGUGAAGGCAAAACACAGAUGCCUCUUCUCACUCUUCUUGUCUUUUAAGUUAAAAAAUGAAUACAUAAAGUUUGUGAACUUGGUAUUUUAAUCUCGACUGCUGCUGACAAUACUUGGUUGUAUUCUUGGUAUCAUUUUGUUAAUUCACCAUCUGAGCUUCUGAGAUUUCACAUGUAGUUUCACGUGACCUUUUCUAUAAACAAACCCUGAAAGUUCAGACAUCUAUUCUCUGCCACAUACUGUACUUGUCCGAACUUAGAGUCAGAAUUUCAAGUUCACGUUAACUUAUAUAUUUUCCUUCCCUUUUGCUGCUUGAAAAUCGAAUAGUUUAAGGUUCAAAAGGUCAAAGCAGAAGAACAGGAGUGACUUUAACCGCCUCGAGUGUGGUAAAACAGAAAAAAUAUUUGCUGGAACAUGGAGUUUCAACAAGUGCAUGGAAAUCUCCUCUUCAUUUGAAAGAAUGGUUUUGCACUGUGGAUCUUAACUUAACUUAAAAAUGAAACUAAUGAUGCAGACACACUUAUAAUUCAUGAUACUGCAGUGUGCUUACAUUUUCGUCUUGACUGCCUUUUACAAACUUAAAUAUAAGUAAUCUUAUGCCUAUGUUGCCUGAAGUAUAGUGCGCUGCCUCCUGCAGAUAUGUGAACAUCCUCUCGAUUCAACUUCAUUUAGCAAAUACCAUCAAUAUUGCUGUCAUCAAAAGUGUCGAGUCCCUGUUUGCCGUAAUAUACAAUUGAAAAGUAUAAUGUCAAACAACAAAUGGCCAAACGGUCUCUAUCUAGGGAAAAUGGAUUGAAAAUUAAUAGUGGUGAUCAUGUGCGAUCAUGAUUUUUGAAAUGUGAAUCAUGUACAUAGGCGUACGGGCCGGGGGGGGGGGCGAAGGGGGCUGCAGCCCCCCCCAAAUUUUGGGCAACUCAGAUUUUUUGGGCAGCGUAAUUAAUAGUGGUGAUCAUGUGCGAUCAUGAUUUUUGAAAUGUGAAUCAUGUACAUAGGCGUACGGGCCGGGGGGGGGGGGCGAAGGGGGCUGCAGCCCCCCCCAAAUUUUGGGCAACUCAGAUUUUUUGGGCAGCGAGAGAAAAUUUGGGCAAAGCCAGUUUUUAAAGAGGUCUCCAUGUUUAUUUAAUUAUUUUAAAGACCUGAAUAUUAACCUGAAGUUGGCGUAAUAAUCCAGUUACAUUACAGUGGUUGCCUAGCAUGUGAUGAGUAAUUUACAUAUUUGCAGUUUUUUUUGUUGGGCACUAUACUGCACUGCACUAACUGGAAUGGGCUAUUUCCAGUCGUGAAUUGAUUAAAAUAAACUUUCGCAUAACUUUCUAGAAUCAUCUCUACUUGAAGAACAGAGUAUGGCAGAUAGCAUUUAGCAAUGGGUAUGAAAAUGAAGAAGUGGCUGACUAAUUCUCAGUUUGAAUUACGAGAAGAAUUUUCAUUCUUUUAAAAAAUCUAUCGAGCGGUUUAAAAUUAUUCGCUAAUUUGUUAAAGUACACCGAAAUGUUUACAAAACCGCUAACAAGAGUGUCUCGAUACAUACUAAUCAAAUCCUUCUUUCGAUUCUAGCAAUCAAGCAGAGCUAUCCCCACGAUCUUUCACACAUGUCGUUAAAAAGAUUAAAACUACUAUGAGGUGAAAUUGCAGGUCAAAAGCGCUUCGUUUUCUACAGAUAACGGCCAAAAAUCAAGAUUUUCCUGUUCUUACCGUAUUUCUAAUAAUAAAAACUUCAUUCCAAAAUAUCUCGAUAAUGCUCUCAAGGUUUUGCUUAAACUUCACGAACAUCGAGACGACCGUAUUGGAGAAAAAAGCUCCUGUGAACGAUUUUGUAAGGUUCCCGUGCCGGGAAUCAUUGCUGAAGUAAAAUAGGUAAUAGGCGGGGGAAGCCACCUUCAUAUGCCAGGACGGCCUAUGUUGUUGCAAUAUGGCCCUCAUUUCUUUUCGACUCUUUCGGAAAAAUUUGGGCAACUUGAGAGAUUUUUUUGGGCAAAUGGUUUACCGCCCCUCCUGGCAAAAAAUUUCCCGUACACCUAUGAUCAUGUAUGUAUGAAAUUUGCCCACAUCACCAGUUUUAUUUCUUUCAAGGUUUAGUUCCAAUGUUAAAACCAUUUUAGCGGCUGAGGCGGGAAUUUCCACUACAAGCACUCCUUGUUCCUUCAGUUCUGCCAUGCUCUUGGCCUUAAAAUCGUUCUUACGACUUAUUCUUCUGCUUAGAUAUUUGUGAACCUUAAACUGUUCGAGUUUCAAACAGUGAAAGGGAUAUAACAUUUAGCACAUACUUAGUACAGUAUGUGGCAGAGAACGAAUGUCCAAACUUUUGGGGUUUGUUUACAGCAAAGGUCAUCAAAAGUCACGUGAAAUCUGACGUUCAGAAGGUGAGUUAUAUGUUAAUUCUUUUUUCUUAGGUCUCAUGCAUUGUUAUUGUGUGUGAUCAAGGAAAUCAGUCAGUUGUUGGCAGCUGUGCUACAAUGUAUCCUGGUGUUGGACUGCCAGUAACCAGAACACCACCCUCAAGCCCUUCUUUAUCAAGUUACAUGCACCAUCCACCACCACUUCCUUGUCCACCAUCACAACCUGCACUCACACAUGUUACUUCCACCCCUACUGAGAACCAUGCUAAGAAUCAAGUUUCUUCUGUUUUACCACCUGUGCAACCUACAUCAGAUGUUUCUCCUACUCCCCCUCCCCCUCCCCCUCCACCACCUCCUCCUCCCAUGCAUGUACCUCCACCACCACCCUUAGGAGUGUCAGCCUGCUCUCUUCCUCCUGUUCCCCCUCCACCUCCCCCUCCUAUACCAACAUUUUCAAAGCUUUCUGUGGCAAGAAAACUAUCAGUCUGCAGGAAAAAACCCAUCGCUCCAGGUACUAAGUAAUUUAUUUAAUUAUUUUUCACAUUUAGAUCUGCUUCCUGUUUAUUAAUUUAUUAUUAUUAUUAUUAUUAUUACUAUUAUUAUUAUUAUUAUUACUAUUAUUAACUUUUCAGUGAAAGUGGGCUUUUUUACUGUGGAUAGAUUAGGGUUAGAGGUGAUGGCUGCCCCUAUAAGAAUAAAGCUCCCUUUUUCCUAGGAAGGUUUUGUCAAAAAAUGUUGUUUUAAGGUAGUUUUAAAAAAUUGUUGCCAGGACUUCAUCUAGCCACGAAGAACUCCCUGUUUACAAGUUGAGGACUUUCCUCUCUUUAUUAAGCUUUGGUAUUCAGAUAGUUUUUCGAACAAAAUUAUGACGCUUUUCUGUCAAUUCCUGACCUUCAUUCUUUCUUUCUCCCCUUCUUUCCGUUUUUGCUUUUCUACCCGUUUUUCUAAAACCCUGAAGGUUGUGAAAGUAUUUUAAAAGAAGUCUUGGUGGGUAGAGGGCAACAAAAAGUUCAUUCAAAUGUUAUGAUUAAAGUUAUAUGAUAUUUUACUCAUAUCAUCCUUUUCCCCUCACUAAAGGUUGAAUCACAAACACCUAACUUACCCAGCCAUACUGUUAAUCUUGCUGUUGGUCCACAUAUUACCUAGUUGUUUUUAAUUAUGUUUGUUUCAUUUUUUCUGGUUGAUAAAUUUAGCAUCUCCCAUGAAACCACUGUUUUGGAAACGCAUCCAACUGAAUCAAGUGGGUGAUGGAGAAAAAAAGUGUAGCUCAACUGUCUGGGCAUCACUCGAAGAGCCAGAAAUCAAUGUCAAUGACCUUGCCAAAAUGUUUGCAAAAGUUGAGAGAAAAACUGAUGGGAAGCUUCUGUCUUCCACAUCCUCAAACAAAAGAAAACAAAGAGUUAUCCAUUUGUUGGACAACAAGAGAUCACAGGCUGUGGGAAUAUUCCUGAGAAGUCUUCAUGUUGAAAUGGAUGAGAUAAAAGAUUCAUUGUAUAAUGUUAACACAUCUAUUCUAGAUCAAGAAACGUUGAGCUCACUCUUUGAAAUUGUAAGUAACAGGGACUAGUAAAACCCAUUUCAUAAUGUGAUCAUCUGGAGGACUUGCCAUUAUUUUGGUCAAUGCAACAGGCAAUUUCUUGUGAUGAAAUGAAUUGAAAUGAAUUAAACUUAGCAUAAUUUUCUAAGAAAGAAACGAGAAAUAUCCCCUGUGAAAUGAAUUGCUUCAAUGCUGCUGCCUAAGAAAAAUUUUGGGAGCCCUUUGGGCUCCAAAAAUAGAAAGUUAGGAGCCCUAGCCACAAAUCUAGGAGCCCAUUGAGUUUCGAAUUUCCACAAAAGUGCUUUUUUGUUUACUUUUAUGAGUGGAAAUUUUUUUACCUACUGUCGACGAACACACGUUUUACCUUUUCAAAAGUGCAAAAGGAGCAAGGACUUCUGUCAUUCCUUCAUUGGACGUAGGCAUAGAGGCUAUUGCCAUUUUAGGUGCCCGGGCAGGCUCCUUGUUUCAGAUUUUAGUCGCCCAUGAGCAAAGCCUUAAUUUGUGGCUGUUGAAACUGUUCGUACAUGUAAGUAGAUAAAUGAAUGAAAUUGAGCUUCCCAGACCAGUAGUAUGUCACCUAAGCCCUGGAUUUGUCUGUGGUUUAUAUUAUCAAUUCAUCCUUUCCUGGUUUGGCAGACCAUGAUUGACCAAAAAGUGCUAAAAUUGAUAUUCGUGGCCUGUUGCUGCUGGGAAAAAUGUUGGGAGAAUACAUGAAAUGAAGGAAAGACCAAAAAUGAAAACUGGGGACAAACUGCUUUUUAAAAAAAAAAACAUUUAUUCACCUCUUGGACAGGGAUUCGGUUUGGCUUAUUACUUUUUUUGGUGGUGUUUAUGAGUGUAGAAAUAAAACCAAGGUCUACUUGUUGACUCUUAUUUCAUAAGUAGGUGAAGUAUGAGUGUACCAUUCUGGACUACACUUACCGGACAGCUGAUAACACAUAACUUUUGGUUUCAAAACAUUCCCAAGAAGUUCCUUAUGUAUGAGGAUAUUAUAUACUAUUCCAGUGGAUCAAGGUUCAUAAGAAUUCUUUGCUUAUUUUAUUAUAGAGGCCAACAGAAGAGGAACUUCGUACAAUUUCUUCUUUCUGUGAGAAAAAUUGUGAUGCGGUACUUGACAGACCAGAACAGUUCUUCAAGGACUUGUCAACAAUCAGCUCCUAUGAAGAACGACUGUUUUGCAUGAUGUUAAGAACAACAGUAACAGAUUCACUGUCAGAAAUGGGGCAGAAACUCACUAAUUUCAGAUUGAUUUGUGAGGUAACUGAAUUUUUAAUGGAAUGUUCAUUACUGAACUCAAGUUAAAUAAUUACAGUCUGAGUUAGGCUAUGUCAAAGCUGUCUUCAUGUCAAAUUGAUUCAAAUUACCGUGGAUGUGGGUUGUGAUGGCAAUAAGGUUGCUGUGGCUUAGAGAGGAAGGGAAAUUUUUCUUCCUCAACCAAUCAUCCUUCAAGGCAAGGCAACUUACAGAGUUUCCAGGGCCGUAGCUAGCAUGAUCAAUCAAUCUCGUCUUGAUUUUGGCCUUUUUUUUUUUGAAGAAACCUCAGCUCACUGAGAAGGCUUAAAACCUGGUUCUGAACAAGUAUGGCUAAUAAGAGGCUGAACGGGCUUGCUUUAGGGUACAUUCAUAAAUUAACGGAAAUUGACAGCAGUUCUGUUUUUAAAGGGUUAGGGUUAGGGUUAGGGUUUAGAGUUAGUGACUUCUUAGUCUUACAAGUAUAAGAGAUGGCAAUAUUAUGACAUGGCUGUCUCAAAGUUGAAGAACAUAAGCAAGAGUGUAUCGAAACAGAUAAUUGAUAAGUGAGCGUGAUUCUGUAUAUCAUCUAAGAACGAACUUCAAAAAAAGUGUUACCUAAGACUUCUCCUAAUUAUUUACAGUAUAAAAUCUAUAAACGUUGGCUACUCUGGUGGAUUCAUUUUAUUGUUAUAAUAUGUGCUACAACAUUUGAAUGCUUUAAAAUGCAGAUGGUCGUUAACUUGGCAACAGUAUCUCUAAGCAAUAAAAAAGUGAAGUUCUACACUUGCCCAAGAUUGACUUUUCUGCAGAAAAAUGCCACAGAAAAUGCUUACAAGAGCAUUUCUGAGCCUCUUUAUUUCAAAAUUUUCUGGGGGGGGGGGGGGGGGGCUUCCCCCCCCCCCCCCCACCCCGUUCCCCCUUUGGCCCCGAAACUUUCCCCCGGUUUUUUUGUGACCCUGGCCCGCGCCCGGGGUUCUUUUUUUGCGGCGGUCUUUUUAACCAGCGGACACCUUUCUUUAUCUCACUUUAACAUGAAAACAAAAAAAAAAAAAAAAAAAAAUAGUAUACCAUCCCCCUCGAAAUGUUUUAUGUUAAAAAAAAAAAACCAAAAAAAAAAUGCUAAAAGCUUCUUUGCUGCCCUUUUUUUUUAAAGUUGUGGGGGGGGGGGGGGGGGGGGGGCAUGUCCCCAGACCCCCUAGCAGCUUGCGCCUUUGGCACUCGAAACUUGCCUCGUCUUGUUCUGAAGCUCUGGCUACGGCCCUGGUUUCAUUGUUAGCGCAGUGCUGUUAACCAGAGGCUACACUUUACUGAUCUGGCCCCGGUUGUUCAAGCGUUAGUUAGCACUAUCCAGCAGAUAAAUAUUAGAGAAACCAAUUGCGCUAUCCACCAGAUAGAGAUUUAUCCAGUGGUUAUUGUUAUCCACUUUUUAAACAACUGGGGCCUGUUUGUUAUCGGUACAAGUUGAGGAAUAGGAGCUAGCUCUGCUGCCCAUAACAAGGCUCUCUUAGGACUCAUUGAUGCAUUAGUUAUUAUCUUACAACAUUGUUAAAAUUCUGAAAAAAGCUUAAUGUGACAUUAUGGAUUUUAUCCAACAGAUGCUUAAGACAAGUAAAGAGGUAACCAGUAUUUUAGGCUUGGUUCUUGCAUUUGGAAACUACAUGAAUGGAGGAAAUGUUUCUCGUGGUCAAGCAGAUGGUUUUGAGCUGGAUAUUUUACCCAAACUUAAGGAUGUGAAAUGUAAAAACAAUUCAUCCAACCUAUUGCAUUACCUUGUCACCACCUAUAUUAACAGGUUUGACAAGGUAAGUUAUUGGCAUAGUGAAAUGUACAUGUAAUGCAAUACAAUACAAGGCAAUACAGUAGAUUACACUACAGAUUUAUAGCACAGUACACUUUAGUUCUUAAAGGAGUACAAAAAUCACUUCACAGUAGUGUAAAUACUGCUCAGCUCAUGACCCUCACAAUUUUACUCCAUCAAGUUUUAAAAUAGCAAUUGAAAUGCAGCGAUAACUUUUUUCGUUGUCAACUACUGUAUACACUGCAGCUGAUGAGCUCUAUAUGAGAAGGGAUACUGCAUGACUAGGCUCAGUUUCCACUGUCUCCCAGGUCCGGUCUUUGCAUUUCCCGAACAGUGGCAAGUAAACGAGCCUACUGCAUGAACUUUCCUACCAAGAUUGUACUGGCUCAAUAAGUUUUUAAUAAAUUUACGAUGACGUGUUUUUGGUCACAAGCUUCGUCCUUUCUUCUCUCCUGUAGAAUGCAGGAACUGUAAGUUGUAAGUUUCCACUGCCAGAACCAGCUGACCUAAAAGCAGCAUCUCAAGUGACAUUUGAAGACAUAGAAGGUGAAAUUAAGCACUUGAAGGAAGAACUUGAUAUCUGUGAAAGAAAACUCUCCAAGGUGUUGAAAGAAAGUCAGGAGCAUCUGCAGCAGCCUUUCAGUGAUGUGAUGAAUUCAUUUGUGGAGCAGAGUCGGGCAGAGAUAGCAGAGCAGGAUCAAGUGCUAAAAGAAUGUAAGAAAAGGUAGGGAGUUAAACACAAACAAAACGCCCGGCAUGUUACCUGGCACAGAACAAUAAUGUUAAAUUAGCUACAUGUUAGCUGCAUGUUAGGAUGGUCUGGAGUCAGGUAUGUGACUCUGCACUUUAGAGAUCAGUACUUUACUCCGUUUCAAGAAUCACAUCAAAAUCACCGUUCUUAUGUGUGAACAGAAACCGUAUCUGGUAUGGUUAAAGCUCUCCAGUAUAGUGUCAACAUAGCCUUAGAAGCAUUAUCUACUAGUAUUCUAACAAGUCACCUUUUACUUCUCAGAUACAUUUGUCUUUGGCAGUUCUUCAGUGGUAAACCCUCUGCUUCAUGUGUUCCACCACAAGAAUUCUUUGAGCUCUGGGCAAGGUUUAGUUCUGAUUUCCUUGUGUUCUGGAGAAAAGAACAGCAGUUAAUUGCGAAACAGAUUUAUGAAGAGACAAAAAGGAAAGUUUAUAAAGAAAAAGUGGAGGGUAUUGCAGUAAAGCCUGCAACAGUGACUGGCCUUAAGCUUAAGCUAGCCUCCUCUAAGAAAACGAGUAUACAGUGAGCAAAAUACUCGAAAAUAGGGCCUGUGCUCUAAACAUUGAUAAUCUGCUCAUUUUUUUUGUAAUUGCAAGCAAUUUACCAGAGUACUGGAACACUUGCGUAUACAUUGUGUAAUAUACAUAUACACUGUGUAAUAUACCCGUCGUGACAAAAUAGUGAUUGCUAAUUUUUAAUUUUUUGUUAGUCAUAUUAUCUUUAAAUUGGUUGUAGUACACAAAAUCAACACGCCAGUUGUAUUUUGUAAGAAUUUAAUUUUUGUCAUUUUAUGUUCCUUCAUGGAAUUUAUUAUUUACCAACAGAUUAGGUUGGUGUAUUCUAUCGCAAGCAGUCCGUUGAACAAUUCCAAAACUUAUUCCUCCUUGUAAUACUAUCAACUUUCUUUAACUUUUUUUAGCUACAGAAGCUGUCCUAAGGAAUACAGCUUGAUAACCAUGGGGUAAUGCCAAUUGCAAUAACAGAUAAUCUUGAAGUUUUUGCGCGAACUGUAUAAAUCCAAAAUAGAUCUAUUUGACCUUUGCUGUGGCGCAAUAAGACAGAAACGUCAAAACCUUUGUUUCACUCAAUCAGCUGAAAAUGAAAUAUUCAUCCAAAAUGGGUCAGUCAUUUUAUGUCAGAAUUCACGAGUGGGUUGGAUGGCUUCUGUUAUUGAAACAAACCUACAAAUAUUUAUUUGUUUAAUGAUAUUGAUGAGGUAUUUAUGUAAUAUCGCAAUAGACCAAUUUCGGUAUGUUAAUAUUCAGACUUGGCACCGAGGCUUGAGGAAAUAAAACGAAAGAAGUCAUUUUUUAUUCCUCCACCCGUCAGAGUCAUGUAUGAAUUUUAAAAUAUCGAAAUAGGUCUGUCUAAUUGUAAAGAGGAUCAUUUCAGUGAAAGACUCAAUUUGUGCAGUUGCGAAAAGAAAGCCAAAAAAAUUCAAGCUUGCCGGUAUUCGUACCCUGACCCGGCUCCGCGAUACCGGUGAGCGGGCGCUCUAACCAAGUGAGCUAGCAAGGUAACUAGGAGCUGGUCAAAAAGUUGCGUAAUAUAUCCUGGAAAUAUGAAGAUGA